CUAGUGAUGUUCCUAAUUUCAAUAAUGUGCCUUCAGAGUUUGUGUCAGCAACAUUCCCUCAAGCAGCAUCCUCUCAGCAAUAUAUUUCAAAGGUUAAAUGGGCACGGGAGGUGGUGGUUCCAGCCGAAGCAAAAUAUACUAAUACAAACAUUUGGCGUUGUCAUCUUGAAUUCGUUGUACCCUCAGACUUAAAACCUCCAUUGUUCAUUUACUAUCGUUUAACAAACUUUUACCAAAACCAUAGAAGUUAUGUCAAAAGUUUUAGCGCCCCUCAGCUUAAGGGCGUGGCAGUUCCUGCAGACACUCUAAAAGAUGGACCUUGCAAACCAAUGGCAGUCUCCGACGAUAAUAGGGCCAUUUAUCCUUGUGGUCUAAUUGCUAAUUCUAAAUUUAACGAUACGAUUUCCAAUCUUACACGUAUACAAGGUAUCGAUGGAAGUAAUGUGAAUGAAACAUAUGAACUUGUCAGCAAAGGGAUUGCGUGGCCAUCAGACAAACAAAAGUAUGGUGCUACUACUUACUCUUUAGAUCAGAUUCGCCCGCCACCAGAUUGGGCUAGCGCGUAUCCCAAUGGUGCUUACACCAAUGACACACCUCCACCGGAUCUAUCUACAGAUGAACUCUUCCAAGUUUGGAUGCGUACAGCAGGUUUACCUGACUUUAGAAAAUUAUAUUCAAGAAAUGACUCCACUAUAUUAGAAGCUGGGACGUAUCGACUUACGGUUGAUUAUAGAUUUCCUGUAACUCGAUACGGUGGUACUAAGUCAGUUGUCUUAUCCACUGUUUCGUUCCUUGGAGGCAAAAACUCUUUCUUGGGAUUAGCUUAUAUCGUUGUUGGAGUUGUAUGUAUCAUACUAGGAGCUAUUUUCACUGCUAGGCAUUUGUAUAAGCCAAG